UUUUCAAUUUAUAUAACUUAAGUGAUGGUCUCAUAAGAAAUUGUGUGAUCAUAAAGUGCUAUUUGAUUUGAUAAGACUUUUACUCACAUGUGGUCGCAAUUCUCAUAAAUACUUUAUACCUGAAUAUUGUGUUCAGAUAAACGACAAUUAAAUAUUUGAAAACCUUUUUGUGUUUUAAUUGCAUUUCCUUUUUGUCAAAUAAUUUAUAAACAAAAUGUCUGAGAAAUUGAGCGAAAAACUAAAAGCUAUGCUAAACCUUGACAAUGACAUCGAGGACGGUCUGGAAAUGCUCCAGGACAAAUGCGGCAUAUUUGGCUGCAUAGCUAAUGGUGAAUGGCCUACACCUCUCGAUGUCGCACACAUCGUAUGUUUAGGACUUGUAGGUCUUCAGCACAGAGGACAAGAAUCGGCCGGAAUUGUCACCAGUAAAUGGACUCACGAGCCGUUUUCAGUGCACAGAGGAAUGGGUUUAGUGUCGCAAGUGUUCAACGAACCAAUUAUGAUGACAUUAAAGGGCAAUCUGGGUAUCGGACACACGAGGUACUCGACUAUGGGUGGGGCGGACAACGCACAGUUAGCCCAACCAUUCGUUGUGCACACGGCUUACGGCACUAUCGCGAUGGCACACAACGGAGAGUUAGUCAACUCACAGGCGCUCCGGGAGAGGAUCCUGAGGAACGGCGUCGGACUGACCACAGGAAGUGACUCUGAGCUCAUAACUCAAGCCUUAUCUAUGGAACCGCCGCAACAAUUCAAACAAUUCAACUUCGAAAGGAGUAAUAGUAUGAAUAGCAUGCAAUCCAGUUGCGAUAAAUGUGCCACCAAUUCACAAAACGGCAUCACAAACGGACAUUCAGAGGAACAUCACUCAUCCAAAAACACAACAGUCAAUCCCUAUGCUCAGCACCAUAUGUCUCAAAGGGACUCGGAUUUUGUCGCAAGAAUUUUACACUUGAUGUCAUUGACACCACUGUCCUAUUCAUUGAUCGUAAUGUGGGACGAAUGCAUUUACGCCAUACGCGACCCUUUUGGUAACCGUCCCCUUUGUUUGGGGGCUUUAGUUUCGUCGACAACACAAAUAAACUCAUCGACUCUUCCCUCUAACGUCGACGGAUGGGUUGUAUCGUCGGAGUCCUGUUCCUUCCCAUCCGUUUGCGCCAAACUCUAUAGGGAUGUAAUGCCCGGAGAGAUCAUUAAAUUGGAAAAGAAUAGAAAACCCAAGACUUUGGCUAUAGUUCCUCGACCUGAAGCCGCUCCCCCAGCCUUUUGUAUUUUUGAAUACGUAUACUUCGCUCGACCCGACUCUAUGAUGGAGGGACAGAUGGUCUAUUCAGUCAGACAGAAGUGUGGCCGACAAUUGGCUAUCGAAGCGCCUGUGGCUUUGGGUGAGGGCCCGUCCAAUGGAAUCACAAAUGGCGAGACCUCUUUUGCUUCGAGUGAUUUGAUUGUAGCGCCCGUUCCCGAGACCUCUAUUCCGGCCGCUUUAGGUUAUGCACAGCAGGCGAACCUGCCGUAUGUCGAGGUCUUCUGUAAAAAUAGAUAUGUCGGCCGUUCCUUCAUUCAGCCGUCAAUCAAAUUAAGGCGCUUAGCUGUUGCCAAAAAAUUUGGACCCCUUUCCCAGAAUUUUAUUGGAAAGUCAAUUAUUUUAAUCGACGAUUCUAUUGUUAGAGGUACAACUAUUGGACAGUUGAUCAGGCUACUAAAGGACGCAGGUGCUAAAGAAGUGCAUAUAAGAAUCGCAUCCCCGCCCCUCCAUUUUCCCUGUUAUAUGGGAAUCAAUAUUCCAACUAAAGAGGAAUUGGUGGCCAAUCACCUAAAAGCUGAACAAUUGGCACAAACACUAGGGGCCGCUUCUCUCGUGUAUCUGUCGGUCGAUGGCCUGAAAAAGUCGGUUCAGUCGGGAAUUAAGGAGCAAUUACUGAAAGAGGACCCAAACUAUGAGGAGGACGUUAUGGCCGAAAGGAUUGGUCACUGCACGGCUUGCCUCACCGGCCAAUAUCCGGUCAAAUUGAACUUUUAAAUCAUUAUCUAUUAUUGUAGUAAAC